GCGGCUCUUCACCACCCGUACCAAGAUGGCGGCAGAAGCAGCUGGUGGGAAAUACAGGAGCACAGUCAGCAAAAGCAAAGACCCUUCGGGGCUGCUCAUCUCAGUGAUCAGGACUCUGUCUACCAGUGAUGAUGUUGAAGACAGAGAAAAUGAGAAGGGUCGCCUUGAAGAAGCCUAUGAGAAAUGUGACCGUGACCUAGAUGAGCUGAUUGUGCAGCACUAUACAGAAUUGACAACAGCCAUUCGCACCUACCAGAGCAUCACAGAGCGCAUCACUAACUCCCGCAAUAAAAUCAAACAGGUGAAAGAGAAUCUGCUUUCAUGCAAAAUGCUGUUACACUGCAAACGGGAUGAACUUCGGAAACUGUGGAUUGAAGGCAUUGAACAUAAGUAUGUCUUGAACCUGUUGGAUGAAAUUGAGAACAUCAAGCAAGUGCCUCAAAAGUUGGAACAGUGCAUGGCCAGCAAGCACUAUCUCAGUGCCACUGAUAUGCUGGUGUCAGCAGUAGAGUCUUUGGAGGGCCCCCUGCUCCAAGUAGAAGGACUGAGUGAUCUUAGGCUUGAGCUUCACAGCAAGAAGAUGAACCUGCACUUGGUUCUCAUAGAUGAACUGCACCGACAUCUGUACAUCAAAUCCACUAGCCGAGUUGUGCAGCGGAACAAGGAAAAAGGGAAAAUGAGUUCCCAUGUGAAAGAUGUCUCUCCUGGUCCUCUGAUGGAUGUUACAAAUCUUCCUACUCCACGAAAAUUCCUUGAUGCCACUCAGUUUUCUGCUGCUGGGAACUCCACUGUGAGGGAGAUCAGCCUGCAGGACAUCAAAGAGGACUUAGAAUUGGAUCCAGAAGAGAACAGCACCCUUUUUAUGGGAAUCCUUAUCAAGGGUCUGGCCAAACUGAAGAAGAUCCCAGAGACAGUUAAGGCAAUCAAAGAGCGCUUGGAACAGGAACUAAAGCAAAUCGUGAAACGGUCUACUACCCAGGUGGCAGACAGUGGCUAUCAGAGGGGAGAAAACCUCACUGUGGAGAACCAACCAAGGUUACUUCUAGAGCUUCUGGAACUGCUGUUUGACAAGUUUAAUGCUGUGGCCACUGCCCACUCUGUGGUUCUGGGGUAUCUGCAGGACUCUGUUGGGAUUCCAGUGACCCAGCAGGAAGAAAUCAAAUUGUAUGAUAUGGCAGAUGUGUGGGUGAAGAUCCAAGAUGUGCUGCAGAUGCUGUUGACUGAGUAUUUGGAUAUGAAAAACACAAGUGCAGCCUCUGAACCAUCAGCUCAACUAAGCUACGCCAGUACUGGACGAGAGUUCGCAGCUUUUUUUGCCAAGAAGAAACCUCAAAGGCCAAAAAAUUCUCUUUUCAAGUUUGAAUCAUCCUCCCAUGCUAUCAGCAUGAGUGCUUACUUGAGAGAGCAGAGAAGGGAGCUCUAUAGUCGGAGUGGAGAACUUCAAGGAGGACCUGAUGACAAUUUAAUUGAAGGUGGAGGAACAAAAUUUGUCUGCAAACCUGGAGCCAGAAACAUUACCAUCAUAUUCCAUCCAUUGUUAAGAUUCAUUCAAGAGAUUGAGCACGCCUUGGGACUUGGCCCAACCAAACAGUGUCCUCUUCGAGAGUUUCUCACCAUGUACAUCAAAAACAUCUUCCUCAAUCAAGUCUUGGCUGAGAUCGACAAGGAGAUUGAAGGGGUCACUAAAACAUCUGACCCCCUGAAGAUCCUAGCUAAUGCAGAUACCAUGAAGGUGCUGGGGGUACAGCGGCCUCUCCUACAGAGCACAAUCAUUGUGGAGAAGACAGUGCAAGACCUCAUGAACCUGAUGCAUGACUUGAGUGCAUAUUCGGACCAGUUCCUCAACAUGGUGUGUGUGAAGCUCCAGGAGUACAAGGAUACCUGCUCUGCGGCCUACAGGGGCAUCGUCCAAUCAGAAGAAAAACUUGUUAUUAGUGCAUCAUGGGCAAAAGAUGAUGAUAUCAGCAGACUCUUGAAAUCGCUACCAAACUGGAUUAACAUGGCCCAGCCCAAACAGUUGAGGCCUAAGAGAGAAGAGGAAGAAGAUUUCAUCAGGGCAGCCUUUGGCAAAGAGUCUGAAGUUCUAAUUGGGAACCUGGGUGAUAAACUUAUCCCCCCACAAGACAUUCUCCGUGAUGUCAGUGACCUUAAAGCCUUGGCCAACAUGCAUGAAAGCCUGGAAUGGUUGGCAGGCCGAACCAAGUCAGCUUUCUCCAAUCUUUCUACAUCUCAGAUGCUUUCUCCGGCUCAAGAAAGCCACGUGCACAUGGACCUCCCCCCAGUGUCUGAGCAGAUCAUGCAGACUCUGAGUGAACUUGCCAAGUCUUUCCAGGAUAUGGCUGACCGCUGCUUGCUGGUCCUGCAUCUUGAAGUGAGAGUUCACUGUUUCCACUAUCUCAUCCCUCUUGCAAAGGAGGGGAACUACGCCAUUGUUGCCAAUGUGGAGAGUAUGGAUUAUGACCCUCUGGUGGUCAAGCUCAACAAAGACAUAAGUGCCAUUGAAGAGGUCAUGAGUGCCAGCCUUCAGCAGCACAAGUUCCAAUAUAUCUUUGAAGGCCUGGGACAUCUCAUCUCCUGCAUCCUCAUCAACGGUGCCCAAUACUUCAGGCGCAUUAGUGAAUCUGGCAUCAAGAAAAUGUGUAGAAACAUUUUCGUUCUUCAGCAGAAUUUGACCAACAUCACCAUGUCACGAGAAGCAGAUCUGGAUUUCGCAAGGCAGUACUACGAGAUGCUGUACAACACGGCCGAUGAGCUCCUGAAUCUGGUGGUGGACCAGGGCGUGAAGUACACGGAGCUAGAGUACAUCCACGCCUUGACCCUGCUGCACCGCAGCCAGACCGGGGUGGGAGACCAGACCAUCCAGAACACCAGGCUGCAGCGGCUGAAGGAGAUCAUCUGUGAGCAGGCCGCCAUCAAGCAAGCCACCAAGGACAAGAAAAUAACCACUGUCUAAUGGAGUGGGCUGUGGGGAGGGUGGGAGGU